AUGGCUGCCGCCCCUGUAGCGCCAGCUUCAGCUGCGACCAACGUGGUCGACGANAAAGCUGCUCUCCCUUUCGAGGUCGAGAUUCGCAAUCCUGAUGGUCGUCCACCAUGCUUCNNCAAAUCGACUACGCAAGAAGUGUUGUUUGUCUUGACGGCAACCAUGGCCAUAGCGAUGGGUGCUUUUCUGAGCGGAGCUGUUUCCGUCAUCUCUGCUUCUGUAGGAGCGGACCUGGGUAUGACUACGGCUGAGAUCACCUGGAUGAGCUCGGCAAACACGUUGGCUGGUGGUGCCUUCUUGCUGCUUUUUGGCAGGCUCGCCGACUGUUUUGGACGAAAGUCGAUGUUUGUUGGCUCGCUCUUCUUCUUCGCUGUUUUUGCACUUGCCGCAGGCUUCUCGAAUACACCAAUCGCAAUUGAUGUGCUCAACGGAAUGAUGGGCCUGAUGACAGCAGCUUCUGUACCUCCGGCCCAAGGACUUCUGGGCACUAUAUACGAGAAACCAUCGCGACGAAAGAAUGCAGCGUUCGCUUGCUUCUCUGCUGGUAACCCACUGGGUUUUGUGUUUGGAACCAUUUUCUCUGGAAUCGCCAGCGAUCUGUUUAACUGGCGAGCCAGCUUCUUCCUAUUGGCAAUAAUCUACGUCGUUUUCUCAUUACUGGCUGUGUUCACGGUCCCCAAGGAUACCGCACCGAAGGAACCCUUCAACUGGGAGACCUUCCAAAAACUCGACCCUGUUGGAGUUAUCCUGACUAUUGCUGGAGUAGGCAUGUUCUGUGCUGCUCUCUCUUCAGGCGAUACAGCACCCCAAGGCUGGAAAACGAGCUACAUCAUCGCCAUGUUGAUUGUCGGCGCCUUGUUGAUCGUCGCAUUCGUGUUUUGGGAAAACUACUACCCUCACCCAUUAGUUCCCAUGUCCAUCUGGCUCGACAAGAACUUCUCCCUCCUCAUGGCUGUCUUGCUACUCGGCAUGAUGGCCUUUUCCGUCGCUGAGUUUUUCCUCGCUCUGUAUAUGCAGGAAGUGUGGAAGUGGUCACCUUUGACUACAGCAGUGCAUCUCCUUCCCAUGGCCAUCAUGGGCAUCAUCGUCAACGUUGUCGCCGCUCUCGUCAUGCACAAAAUUAGCAACAAAGCUCUCAUGCUUAUCGGUUGCUCUGGUUAUCUUCUGGCGUUCACUCUCAUCUCUGUCAACACUAUACAUUCCUCCUACUGGGCUUUCUGUUUCCCAUCCUUCUUGCUUGCAGUCGUGGGCGCUGAUCUGGAGUUCAACGUUGCGAACUUGUAUGUCGCGAGCUCUAUGCCUGUACAUCAACAAUCCAUCGCCGGAUCUAUUGUCCAGACAAUCACCAAGCUGUGUCAGUCUGUGGGUUUUGGCAUCGGGACUGCGGUGUUCAAUGCUGUGGGUAGAAGUGCAAAGACUGGAGGUUAUUGGGAUGUGGCUACUAAACCUUAUUCUGCGGUGUUCUGGUUCGCGUCUGCGGCGAGCGGAGUGUCUAUUAUCUUUGCUAUGUUCUUGACUAUUGGGACACAGGGAGGCACGGAAAAGGAAGUCGAGGACGAUGGAGGGGAUGCAAGGAGUGGUGAAGUAGCGAGGUAG